AUGAAUACGUUGCAGAGAUCAAAUGUCUCAUUCCGGAGGCAGGGCUCUUCCGGCCACAUUUGGGACGACCGACUUUUUGGGGUGCUGGAACCAAGGGCCGGCAACAAAUCCGCCACAGACAAAGGAGAAGCGGAAAACCUCCAACGUUACGAUAGAAGCAAAGAAGACAAGAGGUUCCUGUUCCACUCUACGGAGAUUGCUUAUAAUUCGGAUUCUCCCGCAUCAUCAUCGAAUUCGACUAAGCGUCAAAACAAGGUCCGAAGCUGCUCUUGCUGUUCCCUCUUCGGCCGAUGUAUUGGUUCUUCUCCCACAGCCUAG